CUCUAAUCAACGAAGCGGCGCAGUUCAUUCACCGUCGCCGCUCGCAACCUAGCGCUUGUCUGAUCGCGCACACACUAGCACGCCAGCAGCCUCCAACACGCCCCACCCCGUUCCCUUGAUUCCAACCCACCAGCCAACAUCCUGGAACUCCUACCAGUAACUCCCCACAGCCUCUCCCUCAUACACGCCGUCUAUACACGUCUCAUCCCUCCCGCACCCACACCUCAACAGCAAGCACGAUAUCGCAUCCAAGGUUAUACACCACCACCAGCGCGUCCGAUGAAGCCCCCUCAGGCGCUCACCACCACCUACGGGGCCCGCCUCGGCCAAUUCUACACUAGCGCACUGAUUGGCCCCCCCGCCGGCGCCAAUGUCGUCGCCGCCGCUGCCAUCGCCGCCUCUGAGCGCCGCACCAAACGUGGCACCACCGCCGUCAACUAUGCCGAGCUUGAUGUCGACGAUGACUCCGACGUACCGCUUAUUCCCGGGCAGCAACCAGGCGCACAGGGAGACCCACAGGCGCCGCGUCCACGCUACUCGGAGCCUAUUAUGGUUCAUGGCAAACUCGUGCAUAGAUCGCUUGGUGGUCAGUACCGUAACGACGCGCAGAUCAAAGGAGCCGCGGACCAACCCACCGUGUUGAUCCCCAUCCGUCUCGACCUGGAUCUACCCAAUGGCCGGCUACACGACACGUUCCUGUGGAAUCUCCACGAGUCGCUGAUCACCCCCGACGCGUUCGCGCAGACAAUGGGAAUGGACCUCGAUCUAGCCCCGCAUGUGGUCGCGACCAUCGCUGCGGCGAUCAGGGACCAGCUCGCGGAGUACGCGCCCGUCGCUCAGAUCUCGAUUCCGGAAUCGUCGGGAGAAAUGCGAACCGUCUGUCCACUCACUGUCAAUCUCGACGACGUCGUUUACACCGAUCGCUUCGAGUGGGAUCUUGCGAAUACACAGCUGACGCCGGAACAUUUUGCGAGGGUUAUCUGUGCGGAGUUGGGAUUGAGAAGCGAGUUUGCACCCUCCAUCGCCGCGGGGAUCUACGAGUUCUCGCUACAGAAGAAGAAGGAUCUUUACGAUUCCGGCCUGCCAGAGCUGGAUAAUGCUGCGGCGCGACAGGACGGCACCGACGCUGGCUGGCGGCUGGAUCAGGAGGGUCUUGGAGUGGACUGGGAACCGAGGGUAGAACAACUCUCACGCGACGAGAUCGAGAAACGGGAGAUCGACCGCGAGAGGGAGGUUCGUAGGCUACGGCGCGAGACGGCUAGAUUUGGCACUGCCACGCCCGGCGGUCCGACGGAACUGGAUUCGGAUCUUGGAAGGGGCGGUAGGGGUCGUGUCAGAAAGAGGCAGCGCAGCGCAAGUCCCACGCCAGUCGACGGCGAUUGGGAUCGCGUCGGUUGGAAGUGCGGCUGGUGCCAUAUACCAGGAACUGUCACAUGGGCUGCCGGAGAGGGCCCUGAAGGUCCCAAGACCCUCUGUUGGAACUGCUCUUCGAUGUGGAAGGGUAAGGGCUUGGAAGAAUGGGCGAAGGGACUUCACAUCAUGCAACAAGUUCGAUAGGACGAACAGGAACAGGAGCCUCUGGACUUGCAGGAAGAGGAGCCUGUGGGCUUACAGUUUUGGUGCCGGGUUGCCAAAAAUCUUGAUAAGUUAAGUGCGACAUAUAGGUCCCGUGGGCAGCUUCCGCCAAUCUAGACUGGAAGGAACUGGGUUUCUGUAUAACAAGGCGUGGCGUAAUAUGCUUCAUUUCUCUUUCGUAUGGCUCUCUUGGCUUCGUUUGGCUUGUUUCUUUUUCUUUUCUGGGUGCUUUUGUUGGUGGGUCGCAGUUGGGAUGCGGAGGGCGUGCGUGGUUCGUCCAUACAUAGAAUUAAUGGAUUAAUUGCGCGAUUUGAAUACACGGA